GCGAUGAUGCGGGAAAUCCGAAACCAGGAGGGCGAGGACCAGAUCGGCUCGCUGAUCUACGAGAUGAACCAGAAAGACUUCUACGAGCCGAACCCGGGCACGGACAUCGUGCCACAAGAGGCGGGCGAGGCCGUGGAGGCCGUGGAGGCCGAGGCCGCGGAG